AUGCCACGUUCUUACGUCCGAAAAACUCUAAGAGGGCAGUGGUCAGAAGAAGAUCUUCAGAAUGCCAUUGGGGAUAUCAUUGCUGGUAGAGGCUCAGUUCGGGAGAUAAGUCGAAUUUAUAAAGUUCCUGUUAGAACCAUAAUGAGACGAAAGGAAUCAGGAAAUCUGAAUAAAAUUCCUCUAGGUCGCAAAAGCUGCCUUAAUACUGAACAAGAAACCAGUUUAUCCAAAUACAUACAAAACAUGGCAUCACACGGCUUUGCGCUUUCUGCCCAUGAUAUCAGAAAACUUGCGUUUUCUUUUGCUGUUCAAAAAAACAUUCCCCAUACUUUUAAUAACGAGGCAAAAAAAGCAGGGCAAGACUGGUUUUUGUCAUUUAUGACGAGACAUCCUGAGUUGGCAGUACGUAAAGCUCAAGGACUGUCCAUCGCCAGAGCUAAAGGAAUGACACAAGAAGAAUGUGUUAAAUAUUUUGAGUUACUAGGAGAUAUUUUAAGAGAAAAUAAUUUGUUGAAUGUUCCACAGAAAAUCUUUAACCUCAAUGAAACUGGAUUGCAGUUGAACAAUAAUCCCGGAAAUGUCGUCACAAAUAAAGGUGCAAAGAUGGUAAAUUGUAUUACGAGUGCUGAAAAGGGAGAAACCAUUUCUGUUAUAACAUGUGUAAACGCGGAGGGCAGUUUCCUACCACCUCGUUGUAUUUUCAAGGGAAAGAAUAAAAAAAUAGAAUUUGAGGAUGGUUUGCCACCCGGUGGUAAAGUUAUCAUGGGUGAAAAGUCGGCGUAUGUUACAUCGGAUAUUUUUUUCCAAUGGUUUCGUGAAUUCUUUGUCCCGAGAAAAGGACACGGUAAGGUUUUAAUGAUUAUGGAUGGACACUCUUCGCAUUGUUCCAAUGUUGAAUUGUUAGAUUAUGCUGUAGCGAACGAUGUGAUCCUGUUUUGUUUGCCUAGUCACAGUACUCAUUGGCUACAACCGCUUGACCGGUCUUUCUUUAAGCCACUGAAAACCUAUUGGUCCCAAACUUGCCAAAAUUGGAUUCACAAUAAUCCGGGUAGAAAACUAGGCCGAUUGCAGUUCGCCUCACUUUUUAAUGUCGCCUGGUGUAAAGCAGCAACUAUUCAAAAUGGAGCAUCCGGGUUUAAUACAUGUGGGAUUUAUCCGUUUAAUCCCGAACGGAUUCCCGAUUAUGCAUUUGUUCUCGACCAAAUAGGACAAGGUCAAGAAAAUCCUAAUCCAGGAGAAAAUAUCAUUGAGGGCGAAUGGCAUAAUGAAAAUAAUAACUUUCCAGAUGUCAUUGCAAAGAACAAUGAUCGUAAAGACAAAAAUCCAUUCGAAGAAAUUCUCCCAAUUCCUCGCAUAGAACCAGGACCAAGUAACAACAGAGGUCACCGAAAGCAACAUGCUGACGUGCUAACAUCACCGGAAACAAUUACCGUGAAAAGAACAAAGAAAGAAGAAAAAAUAAAGAAAUUAAAACUUUAUGCUCCCCGCAUAGGAACCUCACCAGAAUAUUACA